AUGAUCCGCAACCUGGUCCUCGCACUGUGCCUGCUGGCGCCGAGCUUCGCAGCGCCGAGAGGGCGGCAGCUGUGGUCCAGGGGCGAAGGCCGGGUGAUUGGCGGCUCCAACGCCGACAUCUCCAACUACCCUUGGCAGCUGGCCUUCCUGUACGGCGGCUCCCAGAUAUGUGGCGCCUCCAUCAUCAGCGGCAACUGGGCGCUGACAGCGGCCCACUGCGUCGAAGGCAAGUCCGUGUCGCUGAUGAGCGUGCGAGGCGGGUCCACGUACAAGAACAGCGGCGGCACUGUGCUAAACGUCGCUUCCGGCUACAUGCACAAGCAGUACAACUCCGCGACGGUUGACUACGACAUAGCGGUGCUGCAGGUGAGAGUUCGUAAACUGUACAGCAUUUCUUUAACCCAUUAA